CGGAAGCAAGUCUUCAAAGUCCAUUGGUUGGCAGGCGUUCCUGACUCUUCGGGCUGCCGGCCUGAAAAGAUGAUCAUAUGUGCGCAUGUCCUGAAGUUGGAUAAAAGUAAGCUUCCAUCUUCGCUAAGUGAACCAGAUUCUUCCUUCCUCAAUACAUACAGUAGCCCCUUCUGCCAGAUUUUCUCACCAGUUCCUAGCAUCCAAUGAAAGACCCAUUCAUCUCACAGUUCUGGUUUUAACAAACACUGUCUCAUCCUUGGUAUCAGUUUGCGCUCUGCCCAUUAUCGGCACCCAGCAGCAUCAACAGCUAAAAAAGCAGACAUCAUUAACAGCUACAUUCAGCUGCCGCGCAUCCCCGCAUUGGAGUGUUCAACUUCUCGGAGUUCUAAUAGCGUUCUAGGGGUUCGUCAGCAGAAGAAUGGCGCCACCCAAGGACGUGCCUGCAUUUUUCGGCCCCACCUCCAUUGUGAUCCCGGUUGUCACCCAUUGGUCAGACGCAUCGCUGCUAACCCCGCACGAGCCCAUCCGCAACGACCUGGCGCGCAUGGAGCGUCUGCUGCAGGUGCCCUUCUUUGACGGAACCCAGGCCUGGAAGGUCAAGGCCUUCUUCAAGUGGUACAACGACUGGUUCUACCCCAAUGUCCACCACCACCACGACAUCGAGGAGACCAUCUUCUUCCCCGCCGUCAAGGCCCGCUGUGACGUCAUCCCCGAGCGCAUGGCCGCCGACCACGAGGAACUGAUCCGAAUGCUGGACGAGAUUCGCGCCAUGGAGCUGCGUUUCAAGCCGCUCAAACGGGGGGCCCCCGAACCAUCGCUGAGUGAGAGGCGACUUGUGGCAGAGGAGCUGAGGCAGAAGGUCGCCCACUUGGCUACGGAACUGAGGGAGCAUAUCGCGGAGGAGGAGCGGUUCUUCACGCCGGUGAUCAAGGAGAAGUUCACCAAGGAGGAGCAUCACCAGCUGGUGGACCAGAUUAUCAAGGCCGCAGGUUUGAGCGGGAACGCCAAGAUGGGUCCCUGGGUCGUUCACUCCAUGUACAAGUGGGCGGGCAAGGACUACGUCGAGAAGGAGUUUCGCGCGGGCAUCCCAGCGCCCAUCAAGUUCCUCUUCGACCACUUCUGGUAUCCCAAGUAUCUGAAGAAGGCCGUCCGGGGUCUCGACGUCUUGGAGCUCGAAGCAGACCCCAAAACGAGCGCUGGAAAAUCACUCCGGAGGAUACAUUCCAUCAGGGCCAACUAAAAUGGGCCAGCUGCUUUGAGCCAAGUGGCGCCACGAGCUGUGGCCGUGCGCGCUGGUCGGCUGUUUUGGACUGACUUGGCUUUGUCAGGGCGAACAGCAAGAGCUUGCGAGUUGGAGGUAGCGUCAACAAUUUUGCUAGUUAAACCUUAAUCUAUGAAGUCGAGUUUCCAAGUGGUACUUUAAGUGGUUAGAGAUCCAUCGAUACGAGCGAUAGCUUCAUCCGAGAGACGUGACUGAGCAGUGGAGUAAAGAGUCCUUUAUUGAUCAUAAGCUGAGAAUUUGAUAGAAUGAGUUUUGCAGUACGUAGUGGUGAUCCAGGACUAGCUCGAAAGCUUAAGCUAGCAUGCUCUAGAAGCGAUGAUUGAAUACGGCGGACCGUAGUAGUACGCAUAUCGUGAGAGUAAGGAUACUUGCAGGAAAGCUUAAGCGCAGGACAGAGCUAGAGCAUGAGCUAAAAGUUGAGGCGCAGGCGCUAUAGUAGUAUACAGCAUGCGGCGGAUAUGUAACUUAUAGUAUUAUCUGACAGGCAAUCAUUGUCAACCCUCAGUGAGCAGCGGAGGCCGGGUAAACCACAUUUUUCUCAGUUUUAUGCGUUUCUGAUUCACUUGCGAUCACACGUGUCGACCCAAACUUAACUAAUUACUCAUACA